CCGACCGGCGGAUCCGAAAAAACCAUGCGACGAAUUCGUAAACAUUGCUCGUUUUCGAAUUCAUCGAGAAUGUUUCCGAUUCUGGAAAAAAUGUUUUCGAUAGCGGAAGAAAUUACUUCCAAAAUCGAAAGCGCUUUGUUGCCGACUCAUUUGAGAGUGUAGCGUGCCGCAGCCAAUGCGUUACGAACUGUCAAAAUCAGCCGCGAAGAAGGAAAACAACAAAAAAUCGGUAUCUCUUUGUUGUUUUUUCGACUUUGCCGUCGCCUUCUUUUGUGUAUUUUUCGACUUUGCCGUCGCGAUUUCGGUUCAUAAAAAUACGUCUCGCUUCCCGAACCGUGCCCGUUAACUGCCAUCAUCUUACUCCGUGACCGGAUCCGGUCAAUCUUCGGUUUUCUGCAGUGGCCCAUCCGCCGGGAAUAAAAACGUUCCGUUGCUCCUUGGGGAGCGCAGCGGCCACCUCCGCUGCUGGUACCUACGGUAAUGCCGGCCAACGUAAAACAACGGUACCUGGAAAUGGACAUUCACAAGGAGUACAAAAAGUUCCAAGAUUUAAGCGUGGGUUCGACAAACACCUCGACAGACCUAACUGCUAGCGGAGAUUCUGUCAUGCCAGCACGGCGUCCAAACUGGGGCUCGCUCCAGGCGGACGGUCUCCUAGCGGAGGCCGCUCCGCUCAAGUCGAUCCUCCAGGUGAAAAUCGGAAAUGGAAUCACGAUCGUGGCGCAAUGCUUGAAAACCUUCGUUGCUCUAGUGUGGAGUCCUUACCCGAAGGCGCUUAGAGGAGAGAGCAAAAAUCUCCAGGACGGGGAGAACUUCCGGCGUGCCAGCUCGGAACUGACUCUAAAAUAGGACGCGGAAAUCAACUUGAUCGCCGGCCCAAGCACGCGCCCUUCUCUAUCCGAGUUGCCCCGCCGCCGACGUCACUCGCCCACUCUGUUGCACAAAACUCCAAACGCUGACAUCAACCGUGCAUCAACGAGUGCACUGCAAAAACGCCUCCUCCUCCUCCUAAAGCAACUUGUCAACGGCGACGACGGCGCCCAGCAGUACCCAGCUGCACCACGGACAUCGAGGCCAGAUCGGACAAAUCGCUUCAUUCGAAUCGUCACCACUUUG